CUUGCAAUUGGCAGCUAGUAGAGAGAGAAAGUGAGAGGAUAGAGAGAGGGCUUUAAGCCUUUAACCCCUUCUCACUCUUCUCGGCUGAACUCCACCCCACGACAGCCAGCUCAUAUUUCGUUCAUUCAUAUUUCAUUCAACCCCAUUACCAACAAACCUCUCACCCUAUCUCUCUCAUCUCACCCACACUUUCUCUCUCUAUCAAACUCUUAACGCUUCCAUUUUUUUCCUCAUUAUUUUUAUCUUUCUACCUACAAAAAGACUACAACUUUCAACGUUUUCCUCCACCAGAUCUCUCGGAAUAAAUCCAUGGAGAUGCGUGCCCCUUUGAAACCCUUUUAAUUACCGCACUCGCUUCUCCGUCCCUCCCUCCCUCUCUUUCUUUGUGGUUUUCUGGGCUUAUUUUUCUCGAGUUUUACCUCUUGGUCCCAAUACAGCCCAGAAAACCCAUGUUAUUUUCUUUGAUUUUCUUCCGUUUUCUCUGACUCUUCCUUCGAUUUAACCUUCUGGGAUUUCUGGGUUUCUAUCAAGACUUCACCUUUUUAGAGAGAAUCGAGAAAAUGGCGAAUGGUGUAGAGAGAGAAAGUGGGUUGGUGCUGUUUAGCGACGAUGAGCUGAGAGAGAUGAGCGGGGUGAAUAGAGGGUCGGACCAUAUAGAGGUCACGUGCGGCUGCACCAGCCACAGAUACGGUGAUGCAGUCGGGAGGCUUAGGGUUUUCGUUAAUGGUGACCUCGAAAUCACCUGCGAGUGCACCCCUGGCUGUCAGGAAGGAAAACUGACUCCUGCCGCAUUUGAGAAACAUUCUGGAAGAGAGACAGCUAGAAAAUGGAAAAAUAAUGUUUGGAUAAUUGAUAAUGGAAAGAAGGUUCCGCUGUGUAAAACAGUGCUGCUCAAGUACCAUAAUGAGGCAUCAAAAAGUGCUAAUGGUUCCCACAGGUCCAACAAUGGACGUGUUUGUCACCACGAUGAGUUUGUUUCCUGCACUAGAUGCAACAAGGAGCGCAGGUUUCGCCUCCGGACAAAAGAGGAGUGUCGGGUUCACCAUGACGCUUUGGCUGAUGUGAAUUGGAAAUGUGCUGAUCUGCCGUAUGACAAGAUAACUUGUGAUGAUGAAGAAGAACGAGCAAGUCGAAGGGUAUACAGAGGCUGCACCCGUUCUCCGACAUGCCAAGGCUGUACUUCUUGUGUGUGCUUUGGGUGCGAUAUCUGUCGUUUCUCGGAUUGCGGCUGCCAGACUUGCACCGACUUCACAAGGAAUGCUAAAACUUGAAUUACCAGUCUGCAGUCCUGAUAUUCUCUUUUGAUCAUAUGGGUUACUUGUACCCUUAUCGCCCCAUUGGAAGCACCUCCACCAGCCCCACAUUGGAAAACCUUCAAGGGGUAAAAAAAAAAAAGGAUUAAAAAGCAACUUCCAAUGACUGUUUCCCAAGUUCAAUGUCUCUUGUUCUCUUGACUGAUUAGAACCUUCUAAUUUGAUAAUUUAUUCUCAUCAUUAAUAUUUUGUUACUUGGUGAUA